AUGCUCCAAAGCCUCCAGCAGCAAGGCAAGGACUGGCCAGAAAUUGCGGCGACUAUGCAGCGCUCCGCUAGCGCAACGCGUACCCGCUUCUUGCGGCUUCGACAAAUGGCGUUGCGUCAGCUAUCACCUCCACGAAGCAGGGUACCGUACACUGCAGCAGAGGACGCUUUGAUCGUCAAGAUGCGCAAUGGUGGCAGUUCUUGGGCGCAUAUCGCAGCCGUAUUUCCUGGCCGAAGUGUUGAAGCUAUCAUGACUCAUUAUCAUGGAAGUCUACGUGGCGGACAUCACCUCAACACCAAAUCUGGUCGUACGUGGACUCCAGAUGAGAUUGUGGAAGCGCAUCGACUCAGGACUGAUGUUGGAAUGAGCUAUGCGCAGAUCGCAGACCGCUUUGGGAGGACCUACCAAUCCAUCUCAGGGCUUUUCAAGGUUUAUGGUGUGCCGAUCUGCGAGGUGUCCUGGAGGGCGAAGCGGUGGAAGCCAGAAGAGGAUCAAAAGCUGCUGAGUCUGCGUGCCCAAGCAGUCCCCUGGCACAUAGUAGCGCUUCAGCUGCCAGGUAGGUCCAUUGCUGCGGCGAGGCAUCGUUUAUCCCAUGCCCAACAGCUACGGACCCGCUCUUCAAGUCCACAAGCUGUCCUCCAGACAGACACGGAACGCCGAAGUGAUGAUGAAGUCGGCUCACCUUCGCUCAAGCCCGACCCUUAG